GCACUUUGUAUUUUAGCUAUGUGUGCAUAUUGAAGCCAUGCAAGUUUCACAUGCAAAGCAGUGGAAACUCUUCAUGCUUAACCCAUCUCCUCCAUUCUACCAAAAAGAGAACCUAUCUCCUCCAUCACACAAGCACAGGGUUGAUGAUGAUAUAUAAAUCACAGACAUUAUCUAAUCAUCAUACGUAUCUUUAUAUACAGCUUUUGGAGUAGGACUUGGUUGCGCUUAUCUGGGGCUGGUUUGCCGAAGUUGGUAGGUUUGAUUCAAGGUCUCUGGACAGCUUGCACCCUUGAAGAAUUACAAACUUGGCCUGAUCUUCCAUAAUUUUGUUGGACUCUGGGAUUGUCUUGCUCUAUUGGUCAGCACAAAUGGAGCAUUUGGACAUUAUUACAACUGCAUGCUCCAGAGGCCAUAUAAACUAAUGGGGUGUUGAUUUCCAUGUUGCUGAUUAUACGAUUGCAGAACCACAUUAUUUGGCGCUUAAUGUUUCAAUACAAAUUAGGAAGAUUAGGUUAUUUUCUCGCAUAUUAAUGUAAAAUUCAAAGCCAUAUAGGAUAUGGGGUGGUUGUAAAACAAGUUCUAGUGGAAACGGGGUUUGACCCUGGAAUCGGACCAAACAGGGUGGUUCCAAAAUAGGAUCCAGUGCAAACAAGGUCGCAAAGUCUGAAACCUACCCAUCGUGGACCCGGUCACCCCUAGAAAACGCAGCUAAUCUUUAGCUCAUAGUUGUUGCCGAUUUGUUAAACUCCAUCAUCCAAUGGCUUCUUCAUUGAAACCCAAAAAGAUUUAUGAUGUCUUCUUAAGUUUCAGAGGGGCAGAACUGCGUCUCAACUUCGUCGGCCAUCUCUACCAAGCUUUAAUCCAGAAUGGAAUACGCACUUUCCGGGAUAGCGAAGAACUGAAGAAGGGUGACCAGAUAUCGAUGCUGCUGGAGGCCAUCGAAGAAUCAUACAUCGCAGUAAUCGUUUUCUCUCAGUACUACGCUUCCUCAGAGUGGUGCUUGGAAGAGGUGGCGAAGAUUAUGGAGUGCAAGGAGCAAAGGAACCUCACCGUUCUGCCAGUGUUUUAUAAAGUGGAACCAAGAGAAGUGAGAAAGGGAAGAAUGAGUUAUCAAAAAGCUCUAGAUAAGCACAAGUCUGAGUUUGGCGAGGAUUCGGAGAAAGUGAAGCGAUGGGAGAAAGCUCUUUUCAACGCUGGUAGCUUGUCCGGUUGGCCUUUGAAUGAUGGAGAUGAGUCGAAGCUUAUACAAGAAAUUGUGGAAUGGAUCUCCAAUCACCUUGGCCGAACGCUCUUGCAUGUUGCUAAGCACCUGGUUGGGAUAGAAUCUCAAGUGGUUAAGGUGAAAUCAAUGUUAAACCUUGAAUCUAAUGAUGAUGUUGUGAUGGUGGGAUUAUGGGGACAAGGGGGUAUAGGGAAGACAACCUUGGCAAAAGCCCUUUACAAUUCUAUUGUGACACAAUUCGAGGGUGAUUGCUUUCUGCCAAAUGUUCGAGAAACAUCGAAAGAUUGCAGGGAUCUAGCUACUUUGCAAGAGACAUUACUAAAAGAUACAUUAUUACUGCUGCAAAGAUUAGAAGUAUCCAAUGUUGAUAAAGGUAUUAAUAUAAUACGACGCAGACUUGGUCGCAAGAAAGUUCUCCUGAUCCUUGAUGAUGUGGAUGACCUGCGCCAGUUAAAUGCUUUAGCAGGAGAAGGCAAGUGGUUUGGUAAUGGGAGUAGGAUCAUCGUUACCACAAGAGAUAAACAAUUGCUAACUUGUCAGGGGAUAUAUCGAGAUCAUGUGUAUGAAGUUGAAGCACUAGAUGACAGUCAAGCUCGUGAGCUGCUUAGUAAGCACGCUUCUCAGAUGCACCGAAUCAGAAUAGAUCUAGUAAAUAGGGCUCUGAAUUAUGCUAAAGGUCUUCCUUUAGCACUUGAGGUGUUGGGUUCCUUAUUAUGUUGUAAAACAGAAGCUGUAUGGGAAAGUACACUAAAGAAACUUUCCAGGAGUCCUACCGAAAACAUUAAUAAUGUGCUCAAAAUUAGUUAUGAGGGACUCGAUGUAAAUGAGAAAGAAAUCUUUCUCGACAUUGCUUGCUUCUUUAGAGGGUGGACAAGACAGCAUACAGCGAACGUUCUCAAAAGUUGCGAUCUUGAGACUACUGCAGGAUUUGAAAUUCUUGUUGAGAGGUCCUUGAUAAGAAUUGAGUUUGACAGACUAGAAAUGCAUGACUUAAUUCAAUUGAUGGGUAAGGAUAUUGUGAACCAAAAAUGGCCUGAUGAUCCCAUAAGACGCAGCAGACUAUGGUUGUAUGAUGAUGUUGACGAGGUUCUGUCCAAUGACAAGGAAGAUUGUGCUGUAAAAGCCAUAGUGUUGAAGCUACCUGAGCGGACAGAGAUGUGUAUCCAUCCUGAUGCUUUUAAAAAAUGAGAAGGUUGAGAGUGCUCAUCUUGGACAACGUGCAAAAUUCUUUCCAAGGUCCUUUAUGUCUUCCUAAGGGGCUUAGAUGGUUUGAAUGGCCUGGAUGUGCUCGCCAGAUUACUGGAGAUUCCUCUGGUUCAAUGAAAUUAGUGGGAAUUGCUAUGAGGGAAGCCAGUAUCACAGUAGUGCCUGAACUAUUUAAGGACUACCAACAAUUGAAGUACAUUGAUUUCAGUUAUUGCAAGUCCCUAAUUCGUAUCCCUGACCUCUCAUGUGCUCCACAUCUCGAGCAAAUGUCUUUCUCUUAUUGUGAAAACAUGGUAGAAGCCCAUGAAUCGAUUGCAUAUCUUGAGAAGUUACAGUUGUUGGCUUUAAGUGGGUGCUCUCGACUUGGUGUUUUUCCAAAUGUGCUCAAGACAAAAAGACUCCAGCGUCUUUAUCUUACAGGUUGUAAAAAUUUGGAAAGGUUCCCUGAUAUUCCACAUGAACUUGAAAGCCUGACAGCUCUUUUGUUAAAAGGGACUGCUAUUAAAAAACUUCCAUCAUCAAUAGAAAAUCUUGUUUCUUUGAAGAUUAUGAGCUUAACUGAUUGCAAGGAUCUGGUAAGUCUUCCGUCUAGUAUAUACAAGUUACAUAACAUUGAAGAGUUGGACCUUUCGAAUUGCAAAUCCUUCAUUAGGUUUCCAAAGUACGAUGAUUCUGCUGAUCCAUCUAUCAAGAUCGUACUUCCAAGUUUAAAAUUUUUAUACCUUUCUGGAAGUAGUCUGACUGAAUUGGAGUUUCUUGAGAAUCAUUCCUAUUGUCCCAAAUUGAGUAUUUUAAAUUUGGUGGGGACCAAAAUAACUGGCGUUCCAACAUCCAUCUUUGAGCGACAUUUCGAAGUCUUGAAUCUACCACCCCAUAUUUCACGCCCGGAUCGCUAUAAGAUUCUCGAUCCCUAUUCCUAUCUUUCUGACGGUAGAAGGUUUGUUGAGAUGAUUUAUAAAUACCCGUAUCGCCGAGCUGACAAUGCUAUUUUUCCUGACGCAAAGUUUCCAGAGUGGGUCCUCCCUAUUGAAAAUGGUUUUGUAUCUUUUAGGGCUUCUAGGGACUUGUGUCACAAGUUUCUUGGAUUCGUUAUCUGUGCUGUUCAUAGUACUGAUGAACAGGAUCAUGGGUCACAAUCAUACCACAUAGAAAUAAAAGUUAGUGGCCAAAUUCUGUGUAAGGGUGAAUGGACUCCCCUUGAAAAUCACACCUCGUCUCUAUUAUUCAUAAGACCUAGGUGGGGAGCUGUCAAUUUUGGUCAAAUUUAUGGGAGUCAUGAACAAUUUAGUGUUAAAGUAUCAAGUGGAGUUCUGAAAAAGUGUGGAUUCCGAAUAAUGUGCAAGCGACUAGAGGAAGAUUUAAAAGUUAAGCUUCAAGAUCUAAUGGAUCCAGCUUUACUCUUCGAGUUUGAUCAUGAAUCAACAUAUUCGAAAGCCAUGGGUCCACUUAUGCACGGAACGAUCAAAACAGAUAUACAGAACGACUUGCAAGAUUGUCCAGCAACGCUACUUUCAGCAUCACGACAGCUCGUGACAACACCGAGCUCUGAUGGAUGUAAGAUUGCCACCUACCAACGACGGAGGCGACGAAGAGAAGAAGUUUGUCUCCCUGAAACAGAGUCCCUAGUGAACCGACGGCGACGGAGACUGGAGAGCAGAGGCGAUGGACUAGCACCACUGACUGAGGCCAUGGAAAUUGAUGACUUGAAGGAUGUGUAGCUGAGGUUCUGGGCUUCAUGCAGCUUGCUGAAGAUCAGGACAAAUACAUGCAGAAUAGACUCGUUAGACUUGUAUGUGUUUUCUUGCAGAGUUUGAUACGGAACAAUCACAUUGAUGUCAAGGAGAUCCUGAUUGAAGUCCAAGCCUUCUGCAUAAACUUUUCACGGAUAAGGGAAGCAGCUGGGCUAUUUAGGCUUCUCAAAACGAUGGAAGCACAAGCACAAAAUUCUUAGUUUCUUCCGAAAGUUGCUUGUUGUAGAUAAUGAUGGUUUCAUUGCGAGAUUUGUAGGAAUAGUUGCAUCUCUCUCUCUCUCUCUCUCUCUUUCUCUCUCUCUCUCUCUAGUUGUAAUAGAAAAGAGGAACAUUUUGAGGUUCUGUGGCACCAUCUGAUCGGUUCAGCCAAACAAGCCAUUCUUGCACUUUGAUUGAUCACAAACGACGGAGUCAUCAAUGUUAGUAGAAUCACACAAGCUAAUAUUGUUA